AUGAUAGUCAAUAUGGGUCCCCACCACCCAUCAAUGCAUGGCGUUCUUCGACUCAUCCUUAGUCUAGACGAUGAAGAUGUUAUUGACUGCGAACCACUAUUAGGUUAUUUACCCAGAGGGAUGGAAAAAAUUACGGAAAACCGAACAAUUAUACAAUAUUUGCCUUAUGUAACACGUUGGGAUUAUUUAGCUACUAUGUUUACAGAAGCGAUAACAAUAAAUGGACCGGAACAGUUGGGAAAUAUUCAAGUACCUAAAAGAGCUAGCUAUAUCAGAGUAAUUAUGUUGGAGUUGAGUCGUAUAGCUUCUCAUCUCUUAUGGCUUGGCCCUUUUAGGCAAAUAUUGUUGAUCAUUAUGAGUGUUAAUGACGAAUUUGAUUGGGGAGUCCAGUGGCAAAAAGAAGGGGAUUUGUUAGCUCGUUAUUUAGUCCGAAUUGGUGAAAUGACGGAAUCUGUAAAAAUUAUUCAACAAGCUUUGGAAGGGAUUCCAGGGGGGCCUUAUGAAAAUUUAGAAACUCGAAGUUUUGAUAGAGAAAGGAAUCGAGAUUGGAAUAAUUUUGAAUAUCGAUUUAUUAAAGAACUUUAUGUUCGCGUUAAAGCACCAAAGGGAGAGUUGAGAAUUUUUCUAAUAGGGGAUCAAAGUAGUUUUCCUUGGAGAUGGAAAAUUCACCCGCCGGGUUUGUUCAAUUUACAAAUUCUUCCUCAAUUAAUUAAAAGAAUGAAAUUGGCUGACAUUAUGACAAUACUAGGUAGCAUAGAUAUUAUUAUGGGGGAAGUUGAUCGUUGA